AUGGCGGCUGAGCAGAAACAAGCUGGGAUCGGUCUAAAGCUAGGCUUCCACCUGUCCUUCUCUAAUGCUGGCGAAGGGGGAAAAAUUUGGGUCUUCUAUAGUGGUUCAAUUUUCAUUUCUCUCUUUUAUAUGACUAACCAGAUACUUUCCAUUAAUGUUCGUCCAUCAAGCUCCUAUCCCUCCUGCAGGCUACUCUGGGAUAGCCUGACUUCGAUGGUAGCAGGUUUUUCAGGGCCGUGGUUAGUCGCUGCGGAUUUCAAUGCUAUCUUAGACCCUUUUGAGAGGAUUGGCAGCAAGAUUUUUGAUCUGGCAAGCUCUUCUAAGUUCCGGGAUGCAAUUGAUGCAGCUGGCCUUUUGGACACCAGUUUCAUUGGUAAUUCUUUUACUCAGAGUAACAACCGGUCGGGCGUGGCUAAGAUGAAUUCUGACUACUCUCCUCUGAUCUUUGAUUUCCCGAAGCCCUUAUUUUCUACCCCGAGGCCCUUUAGGUUCCAGAGGAUGUGGCUGCUCCAUGAUUCCUUUCUUAAAGUGGUUGAGGAAGUGUGGAGCCCCCCUUUUUCGAACCAACCCAUGUUGAACAUUCUCCUAAAACUCAAGAAUGUGAAGAGAUAUAUGAGAAUUUGGAAUCGCAAUGUUUAUGGGAAUGUCUCCCAAAACAUCAAAGAUGCAGCUGAAGCGCUAGAUAAGCUUGAGGGUUCGGCCCAAACUCCUCUCUCCAACAUCAGCGCUCAAGAUAUUGCAACUGCCAAAUCCAAGUUGGUCCGUAUGGAACUAGCAGGUGAGAUUUUAUGGAAGCAGAAAUCUCAAAACAGAUGGCUUACUGAAGGAGAUAAAAACACCAAGUUUUUUCAUCUUUCAGUCACUGACAUGAUCAGGAGGUCGAGCAUCUUCCAAAUCAAACUUGAUUCUGGUGUGUUGGUGACUGAGCAGGAGACUAUAGAACGAGAAGCUGUCUGUUUCUUUCAAGCUUUGCUGUUAGCGCCCUCUCCCCCCGAUGGCUACCCUUCUGGGGACGCAGCUGCUUUCGCUAUCCCCUCUCUUGUUUUGGGGGAGGAUAACGCUACCCUCAUGAAGGCCUAG